UGUCCGCGUGCAUCAUAAAAUAACGUUUGUUGACUAAGUUUGCAUUAAGAUGAUACAAUUGUUAUCCUUGUGACAGUUUCUCGUUUCAAUCACACAUACUUUAAAUAACAAUUAAAAAGUUUUUCAAUUAUUUUCAUUGAGAAUUAUCAUUUAUAAAUUAAUUUUAAGAUUUCCAAAAUCAAAAUAAUGCAAUGGACAGUAACAAGUAGUAACAACGAUUAACAAAAAGUUUUUUUUGGAAUUUUUUGACAAACAAUUGAUGGAAAUGAGUUUUAAAAUGUAUGUUUAAUGAUUCUUAGAAAAUCUUGACCUUGCUCUUGAAGUUACUUGAUUCAAAGACAUAGGAAAACAAAGUUUACUCGUUGAUGAUCAAAACUAUAAAAGCACUUUGGACAGCUAAGUGUCGCUUUCGCGAACACUCGGGUAGUUCAGCAAGUAUCAGAGAUUCUUAAGAACUUCUACAAAGAUAAGAAGCAGUAAAAUAAAGCCCUUGAAAGUUUUUCCAAUAUCAAACCACGAUAAGUGCAUAUCAAAAUUUUCACCAAAGGAUUUCUAGAGUAAUUUGGCUCAUUCAAUCAAACUACAAUGGAAGUGGAAAUGGAGUGCUCUCAAGUGUUUUGAAUAUUCAAAUAAGUGCAGGGAUUAUUCAAAACGAUGACGGUAAAUACAACAACAACAUUCGGAUUGAACAGAACUGAAAGUGCAAGACGAUUUCAAGAAUGCAUGAAAACUCUUGCCACCAACGCAACACCUCUACCAGAACCGUAUUGUCGUGGACUUUUCGAUGGAUGGACUUGUUGGCCUAACACUCCUGCAGGGAAAACAGCAUUAGCACCAUGUCCCGAAUUUAUCACUGGAUUCGAUCCAUCAUUAAAGGCGCAUAAAGUUUGCGAACCAAAUGGCACUUGGCUUCGGCAUCCAGAAACUAAUGUAAUAUGGAGCAAUUAUACUACAUGUGUGAACGUUGUUGACCUAGAGUGGCAACAGCGGUUGAAUACCAUCUAUGAGACUGGAUACACAAUAUCGUUGAUAGCUCUGAUUGUAUCUUUAGUUAUUCUCACAUAUUUUCGAUCAUUAAGAUGUGCAAGAACCACACUUCAUAUGAAUCUCUUUGCAUCAUUUGCUGUGAAUAAUCUACUAUGGUUAAUUUGGUAUGGAGCGGUAGUAGCAAAUACUGAACUUCUUGUUGAAAAUGGAAUACCCUGUCGUUUAUUGCACGUGAUACUACAUUAUUUUCUGCUCACCAACUAUGCGUGGAUGUUGUGCGAAGGCUUCUAUCUUCAUACUCUUCUUGUCAGUGCAUUCACCAGUGAACACAAUUUAGUCAAAUGGUUAAUGGCAAUUGGAUGGCCAGCACCUGCAGUCAUUGUCUCGAUUUACGUUAUUCUCAGGGUGACAAGUGAUGAUCCUCAAGAUAAUUCAGAUUGUUGGAUUGAUGAAUGCAACUAUACCAACGUCUUGGUUUAUCCUGUAUGCGUGUCAACACUACUCAAUCUCCUGUUUCUUUGCAACAUUGUUCGUGUACUACUUACUAAGUUACGAGCUGGUCCAGCAAUUGGAACGAGACCGUCUCGUUCGAUGCUUCAAGCUUUCAGAGCAACUUUACUCUUGGUUCCACUUCUGGGUCUCCACUAUUUGCUUAUACCUUUUCGACCACCGAAAGGUCACUCUUGGGAGAAGUUUCACGGUAUUGUUUCUGCGGUAACAGCAUCUUUUCAGGGUCUAUGUGUGGCGAUACUAUUUUGUUUCUGCAAUGGUGAGGUCAUAGCACAGUUUAAACGGAAAUGGGAAGGAUCGGCAUUUAUAAGACAACGUGCCAACUCAUGUACUGCAACAACGGUGUCGGUGAGGAACUUUAGCAAAAAUGUCCGAUGGCGGGAGAGGAAAAGGUGUGACUGUCAAAGAGACCUUCCGAUGCAGGAAAAGGUCGGAAAAGUCGCAGAAAGUCAAGCUGCACUCGGGAAUGAUGCAGCUAAUCAUACACAACUUCUUAUCAUGAGCAACGAGUCGACUUACAACUCUAAUCAGUAUCAAUCUCAAUGUUGAUGGUGUGCUGAAUCUAAAUUUACCCUUUAAAUAUACUGGACGACAGAGUCUUCCGCUAAUGGUUAUUUUAUAAAAAUCUUCAAUUAACGAUCUAAUUAACGAAUAUGUAGUAAAUUGAUAUCUUUUAUAUGUGUUUUGUCGAUGAAGUUAUUUUCAAAAAUUUUUUUUGGGAGAUUUAAAGCUUGACGAAAUCUCAUUUUUUACAAACAAAAAUAAUAACUAAUUACUUUCUUUGUUGUUUUUAUUAUCAUUACAAAUGAUAUUUUUACUUGUUAGCUAGUUGUUUUUUAUUAAAUGAAUAUUUAAAUAGUACAAUAGAAUAUUUUUCUAAAACUUCAAUGUCAGAUAAUUAAAACAUUUACAAACACAUCAAAAUAAUGCUGGUUAUUGAAAAAUAUUUUAUAAAUGUUAAUGAUAUUUGUUAAAUGUUUGGUGUUUAAAUUUUUUUUAAAGCUUUAAUAACUUGAUUGAUAGGAACAACUUCGAAGUUUUUUAUUCGAACUUAUACAAAAAACAUGAAAUAAUCACUUAAAAAAGCUAUCAUAAGAAAUUCUACCUGAACUACAAAUAAUUAUAUUUACUCUUACAAAGGUAGCAUUUAAUUAAGAGCAUUUGCAGCAAAAAAAAACAAUGGAAAAUCAACAAAAAACAACGAGUUUCAAUGAAUUUUAGUGAAUAAAAUGCACAAGCAUAAUUUUUUUCUAUAAAAUGUAUAUUUUUUUAAUUGCUCAAUUGUACAGAAUAUGUCGAUAUUAAUCUUUCAUAAUUUGUGGAAAGUAAAUAUCGUAACAUUUAUUUCACAUGUCUUAAUAUUAUCAUUUACAUGUUGGAAUUAUAAGUCAAAAAAAUAUAAUUUACUUUAUCUAUAAAAGAAAAUUUAUAAAUAGACAUAAAAUAUUUUGAUAUCUAAUAAUAAUCUACAAUGAAAUUCAUUUAAUUGCACCGACAUCUUUAAACAACUAACUAAGAUUAUGAAUAAUUUAAAGUUAUACAAACAUUAAAUUAACAUAUAUGACAGAAUGUUAUCAUGCGAAAAAAUUUUGGUACGCUCUAUCAAUUAUUUAAUGAAGUAUGAAGAAAUGUAGAAUCAUAAAGAAACAAUUUACAAAGAAACUCAAAGAGAUAAGAUAAUAAGUUGAAAAGGUUACGAUAAUUAAAAUAUAAAAAAAUACAGGUUUAUGUACUGUUUAGAUUGUCCUUAUUCAUAUUCGAAUAACAAAAAAAAUAUACGGAUCUCUAACUGUACUUAUUGUAAGAAAACCAUAUUUUAAAUACACUAAUAAGAAUUCUAUGAAUGUUGAUACAAAA